UAAACGAAUAUUCACAUGUCAAAUGCACAAAAAUGAAAAUAAACUCAAAUUGAAGCAAAUUUACCUGAUUUCAUUACUUAGUUGUUAUUCUGACAAUACAGGUAGCAUCUAGAAUCAAGUCAGAAUGAGUUGGCUGAUUCCUGAAAUCUCCACGGACCAAGUUGAUGAUUGGUUCAACGCCGGGAAGCGUCUCGCCAAAGCAGCGGGGGGGAAGCGUGCCCCAGCUGUUCAGACCAAAACCUAUGCCAGAUGUAAAUCAGGAGGCCGUUCUCUAGACCCAGUUACUCAAAAGCCUUCCGCUCCCCUCAGAGAAGAAGAAUUUGUACCCCCGUAUAAAAGUCAUUCACGAACGUUUGGAGAGUCGCAGACGGAAUAUGCAAGGAAAUACCAGGAAGAAGAGGAGAGAAAUCUCAUUGACCCUGGUGGCGCCACUACUGCCUCGGAGGGAGCAUGUGGCUUUGAUGAUACAGCCAGUGUUGUCUCUGGCACAUCAUACGGUACCAGAAUGGAGGAUCUGGAAACGGCCAGUUACUUUAGCGGCAGUGUGGCUACGAUCGAGACGUUCCGGCCGGAGAAUUACAUGGAGGUCUACCAGAACUAUGACUUCAAGUCAAGCCAUGGGGACGAGCUGCCCAUUGCUAAAUAUAGGGAGAAUAUUGUGGAAACCAUUGAAAGCAACAUGGUGACUGUGAUCCAAGGUUCGACUGGCAGCGGAAAAACAACUCAAGUCCCACAGUAUAUUCUUGAUCAUUACGCCAAGGAGCAGCAGUAUUGUAAUAUAAUCGUGACGCAGCCGAGGAGAAUUGCUGCGAUGAGUAUUUCGCGACGCGUCUGCUUUGAGCGCAACUGGGAUUUGGGUGGUUGUGUUGGUUACCAGGUUGGCAUGGACAAAGUUGCCUCAGAAGACACUCGCAUCCUCUACGUGACGACUGGUGUCCUGCUGAUGAAACUGGUCAAUGAUAAGAACAUGCUCCAGUAUACACACGUGAUCUUGGACGAGGUUCAUGAACGUGACCAAGAGAAUGACUUCUCACUGCUCGUCGUCAGGAAAUUACUCAGGUCAAACUCACGACAUGUCAAGAUUGUCUUGAUGUCCGCUACGUUUGACUCUGAUAUGUUUGCGCAGUAUUAUUCCAUCCCCAUCCGUGGCAAACUGGAGUCAGCUCCCGUCAUAUCGGUGGAAGGAAGGGUCUUCGAUGUAAAGGAAUUCUACAUUGAGGAUUUGAAAGUUCUGGGUGAGCUUCCUGAGCUUGAUGAGUUACAGCCAAGCUUAUCAGGAGAAACCUUGGAGAUAACUCGGAAACUCAUCCUACAAUUCGACAGGAUGGAGUUACAGGAAGAGGGUCGGGGUGAAAGUGACAGUCUGCCAAAGAAAAGAGGAACUGUCUUGAUUUUUCUGCCAGGUAUGGCAGAAAUAGAUGCUGUGAGGGACACCCUGAAGGCUCUAGCUUCUCCAAAGCAGUUCGUUCUCCUGCCUCUUCAUUCGACCUGUACCCUAGAGGAGCAGAUCCGGGUUUUUGAACCCCCAGCCAAAGGAUAUAGAAAAAUUAUAAUGUCCACGAACCUCGCCGAGAGUUCCAUCACGGUGCCUGACAUCAAAUAUGUGAUAGAUAUGUGCCUUACCAAGAACCUGGUGUCGGACAAUGAUACCAACUAUACUAGUCUCCAGUUGGAAUGGGCCUCCAAGGCCAACUGUACACAAAGGAAAGGUCGAGCUGGACGUGUUUCCAAUGGUCGGGUCUACCGUAUGGUGACUCGUGAAUUCUACCGUGACAGCAUAAUGGAGUACAGUAUACCUGAGAUGCAACGGUGCCCGAUGGAACAAGUCGUUCUGCAGGCAAAACUGCUGAAUAUGGGCGAACCAAAGGCACUGCUAGCACUGGCGUUGUCUCCACCAAACCUGGACGAUUUGGAAAGAGCCGUUCUGGUGCUAAAAGAGGUUGCCGCCCUAACCACUCUGAAGUCUGGUAAGAUCAACCCACACGAUGGAGACCUGACGUUCAUCGGCCGCGUCCUCGCCUCAUUACCCGUUGACAUCCGAAUUGGCAAGAUGAUCAUUCUUGGCCAUAUCUUUGGUCUGUUGGAAGAAUGUCUCAUUAUUGGUGCUGGUUUGUCUAUCAAGUCCAUCUUCAGAACGCCAUACGGGGAGAAGUUCAAAGCGUACAAAAAAAAGUUGACAUGGUCCAUGGGCUCGUUCAGUGAUUGCAUCGCCAUGUUGAAUGCAUAUAAGCUUUGGGACCAGGAGAAAAAAUUUGGCCAGUUCAAGAGACCGGGAGCAUCCGAGAUACAGUGGUGCAAACAAAAUCUGCUGGAGUUGAAACGAUUGCGAGAGGUUACUGAGCUCGUGCGCGAGAUCAGCCAGAGGUUGGCCAAAUUCAACAUCCAGAGACCAAUGCAGAACAGACGUGACAGGAGACCAGAGAUUGAGGUCGAGAACAGUCUCAUUUUGAAGCUGCUGAUGGCCGGUGCUUUCUACCCGAAUUUCUUCCUGUGCAGCAAACCCGAGGAGGAGGAUGCAGUAAAGGCCAUGUCUGGAUUUGACCCAAAGACGGUGGUCAUGGUGAAAGGUCUUCCAGCCAAAGAAAGCGCCCUCUACAAGUCAUCCCUGGAGAUGAUGUUUAUUGGCCGAGAUGCUUGCACCAUCAAGCCAAUACAAAUCCACUUCGAAGGCUCGAGAGCUUUCAUUGAGUUCCAACCUGAUGAAGAUGAUAUGACUAAGGUCACUAAAGCCGUCUACCUGGCACUUAAACUCAAGCAAACUAAGAGUCUCCACUUGGACCCGAUCGACCCACAGAUUGUGCAAAAACAAAUGGAACAACUCGACAUUGCCCGAGACAACCAGGCCAAGCAGUUGUCACGGUUACGAUCAAACAGGAUCAAGUUGCUUGGUGACCGAGAGCAAGCCCAGAGCCAGCAGGCUAAGCAGGUGGAGUUACCAGGACCACUCCAGUCCACAGUACCUGUUGUAAUCUCCCAUAUAGAAGAUGCAGGCCAUUUCUGGGCAUUCUACACGGACCAUCACUCAGUGGUCAGUUCCCUUGACCUGACCAUAGCAGAACACCUCCAGUCGUCUCCUGUGGACCCGAUAAAAAACCCUGCAGUUGGUCAGCUUUGCCUGGCAGAGUUCCAGGGCACAUUCUACCGUGCUAGGGUGGAGUCUGUAACAAUGGAUACUAUAAAGGUGUUCUUUGUCGACUAUGGGAACAAGGAGACGAUCAACCGAGCUCAGCUUCAUCAGAAGAUCAGGCAGAUACCGCCAUCAUUACUCAAGGAAGAAUUCCAGGCCAUGGAAUGUUUCCUGUCCGGCGUGCGGCCGUCCAACACAAGAGGUAUGGAUGGCCAGUGGAGCCGGGAGGCAAAAGACUUGAUUGAGCGACAAACAAAGAAUCCAUGCCUCAUUAAGAUCUACUCCAUAGUCAGUGGCAAGAUCAGAGCAGAGUUGAUUAUCCAGUAUCGUCGCAAUGCCACUGUGAAUCUCAAUGACGAAUUGUGCAGGAAGGGUCUAGCUGAACCAGUGGAGGAAGGUUAUGCAUCGAGGCAAAAUCACCAGUCUCGAGACUAUGACGUCAACCCUGGAUUAGGCGGGUCCCAGCAUACAGAUGAUAGUUGGUUGGAAUUGGCAGUAGCAGACGCAGGCAAGGCCAUGGGCUCCUCCAAGAGGGGACACAAGAUCACCGUACAAGGACCCAACUCGGCAUAUGAAGUUUCUUUCAAUGGUAUCACGAAGGUCUCUAGACUAAGGUCAGUGAAGAUCGAGAGAGACAGCAUCAACUGCAUUACAAUCGACGAUGAACCCCAGGACUCUCAUGACCGACUCAUGGUGGCUGCUCAUGUUGGGCUCAAUCCAUCUGGGAAUUCAAUCAUCGCCAGGAAUACUACUAUCAUGCCUCAUAUCCAUGGACUUCCGGCAAUCCUUGCUUUGCUGUUUGCUCCAUGUGCGGAGAUUAGGACCGAUUCAGCAAGGACUAAAUAUAUUGGUGUGCUGUGUGGCCUCGGGGUGGAUCCUGACAGCGGCCAUCCAGCCUUCCCGGAUCAUGAAAUGGAAAUCACAUUUGAUGUGACGAUAGACAAUGAUGAUCUCACAAUGGUGAAUGGUGUGCGAACUGCCAUCAACAUGGCCCUGGGCAGCACCGGCACAGUGUCACCUGUUGACUGGACUCCAGAACAGAUCAAGAGGAUACAGAUAAACACCAGGGAAAAGCUUAUAACGCUGAUAGAGAAGAGGCGUGAGUCCAUCACACCACAGUAUUUCCCAAGAAUGUAUCGUUGGAAUCAGGUACCCCCAGAUGAGAUUAACUACCACCAGGUUGAUGAAGACUUGGCCGACUUCGAGACACUGCUACAGCUACACAAUGGAGUCUUGCUCAAAGCACCAGAUGAGCAACGAGAAUACGUCGACCCACGAAAAGAGAGGAUGAGACUUAUCGAUCAUGUCAAGUGGUUAAGACAAAAAGUUGGAAGGUCUGUCAUCCAGGAAGACCUCCGUUGCGAGCUGUGCCAGGUGCCGUGCAAUAAUCCAAGAGAGCUGAUGAUCCACGUCCACACCAACUUACAUACAAUGAACGAGAGUGCUCUAUUAAAAUAGAAAAGUAGCACGCCAGUCAAAAGUGAGAAAGAUCACAGAAGAGUGCUACUUUAGCGAGAAAUAUCACAAAAGUGUGUUACCAAACACAGAGAAAUAUCACCAAAGUGCACUGCUCGAGUGAGGAAUGUCUCAAGCAAUGUUUCCACGCCAAGAAAAAAAGGAAAAUCUGAAUCUGCAAUAUUGUUGUUUCACUGCCAAAUUCAUCACAGGAUUUCCUAUCUUGGUAAAACUUGUUGCAUCAAAAAGGGAUCUCAUUUUGAUAUUAUGAGAAUUAAAAUCAUUCCAAGGGAAUGGUUUAAAUGACGGCCUCUCUGCUCCGUUUACUCGAUCCUCCCUGUGUUGUUCAGUAACUCAAACGUGGUGUAUCCCUCAUAUAAUUGAGAGUUCACGAUUAAACGUUCCCGAUGGAGACAUUGGGCUUGUUUGACUGGUUCCCAUCCUUCCACGAGGAGCAUUAUGAAAAGCCAGGAAUGGCUAUAUCAGUUGUUAUUUUGAAGUAAUUCGUUGGGUCAAUUGGUGUGUAAGUGUACAGGAAGUCAGUGUUUUGAGUCUGCCAAUCUAAGAGAAGAUUAGGUGUUGUCGCGUCAUCAGAGCUCAGAUUUUGGAGGGGGAUGUGCAAAAAUAUAAUGCUAGUGUAGGGCAUCAGCCAAAUGGCAUUGAUUAGUUUGAUUUUUUUUUUUUGGACUUCGAGCAAAAGCCUAAUUCUGGGCAAUGAUGCCUCGAUGAUGAUGAUGAUGAAAUGGGUACUGUAUUUGUUAUCAUAAUAGUAUAUUAGUUGUUAUUCUUGCUUAUGAUUCUGAUAUGCCGAUCAGCAUACUUCCAGAAGUUCUAGAAGUGAUCAACGAGGUGUAACACCAUGUUCUGUACAUUAUUAUAUGUAUAUUGUAUCUGCAUAUUAUU